AAAUGAACAUGCAUAAGUGUUUAUUCUUGGUCUCCUUAUUGCCCGCCAGUGUGAUCUGCGUUGACAAUAACAGCACAAUGACUGCAUGGGACGGAUAUUUCGAUACCCUAUCUGGAGUUUGGGGUUCAUUUGUUUCAGAUUCAGAUGCCACGUUAUUUGAAAUCGGUAUGUUAUGGUGCGCAAAAUUUUAAUGUCGACACCUUGAAUGAAUUUAUACGUCUGAUGAAUUGACGAAGAUUCUGAGUGAUGAAUGAACAACCGAAUUUCAGAAGCAUAAAUUUCC